GUUUCCUGAUCCAAAAGGCUUUUCAGUUUCCACAUUGUAACACUACAUUGAACUAGUUAACUUUUCUGUUUUUGCUUUGUAUUUUUUGACUCAGUGUUCUACACAGACAGAAAGAACGAAAUGGUCAUCACAAACUUCAACGGAGCCGGCGUCGGAUUUGGUUUCGGUGUUGGUUGCGGUUUCGGUGUAGGAUGGGGUUUCGGAGGCAUGCCAUUGAACUUCUUGGGUCUUGGUGCAGGUGGAGGUUGUGGCGUUGGAGUAGGACUUGGUUGGGGUUUUGGUACUGCUUUUGGUAGCAAAUAUCGGUUGUCAAGGAUCACAUUUCAAGGAAUGGAAUUUGAUAGUAAGGAGAAAAGUGAUAGCAUGGAGUUGUCAAAACCCAGCCCAGAAGUCGCUCAACACAAAUCCAACAAAAACUGUUGGCUUGUGAUCAACGGCAGAGUGUUGGACUUGACAAAGUUCUUGGUGGACCACCCGGGAGGAGAAGAUAUAAUAGUAGAGGUUGCAGGGAAGGAUGCAACAAAGGAGUUUGAUGCUAUUGGACACAGUAAAGCAGCUCAAAAUUUAGUCCUGAAAUACCAAGUUGGUGUACUUGAAGGUGCAACGGUUCAAGAUGUUGAUGUUGAUGCCGACAAGGAACCAAAGAACGAAGAGAUGAGUGCUUUUGUGAUCAAAGAGGAUACUAAGUCAAAAACAGUGGCAUUUUUGGAGUUUUCAGUUCCAAUUCUUUUUGCUUGUGUCUAUUUUGGUUACCGUGUCCUCGCCAGAGCAGAACCUGUUGAUUACUAGAUCAUCAUGUUAUUGAAGCUAUGUUUCUGAAUGUGAUCUUACAAGUGAUAUUUGUUUUGUAGUUAUAUGUUGAUGAUCAAUGAUGAUAUCCAUGUUUGUGAUUUCUUUCGAGUCAAAUCCAUGAGAAACUCUAAAUCUAGUUUUCACGGUCACUCCCAAAUCAA